AUGUCUUCCAAAUUUGCUGCUCACGUUGAAUCCAAACCUAUCAGAGACAUCUAUCAUUUCAAGGAAUCUUACUUCGGAGGUGUUCCCGAGUUCAAUUGGACACUCGAAGAAUACGAAAAGAAACAUAUGGAACACAAGUGGCUUACCGAAAACUUUACAAAAUUGGGCGCCAAUGACAAGAUCAAAUUGUUUGUCGAUUUCGAUAUGAGAUUUGAGGAAGAAUCCGAUCUGCCCUCUGAAGAAGUCGAGACUGAAAUCCGUAAAGGUGUUGAUAAAGUAUUUACCUCCUUGUAUUUAAAUGAGGAUAUUACUUUUCAUUCUGCGUUCCGUACAAUGGGAUACGCUCCUAAGCACACCAAGGACAAAAAUGGUAAAUACGUCGAAACCGGUGGUGGAUAUAAAGUCUCUUAUCGCCUAUGGGCAGACGGUAUGUAUACGACCCGGAAUGAAAUGAAGAAGAAACUCAAGAAAUUCAUCCCAGAUUUGUCCGACUUCCCGGAUGUUGUUCGAGACUACAAUUUCAAGGAUGGAUUUUUUGAUCUUUCUGUCUAUGACAACAAUCGGUCCAUGGUGAUGGUGGACAAAGUCAAAAAUCGUUGGGAUAACCGACUUCUCAUCAAAAGCGAACCGGAUGCACCAAUCUCUUCGUAUAUCAUUCAAUAUGUAGAGGCGGACUGGACCCCGGUUGAAUGGACAAUUCAAUCUGAUAGUAGAAAGCGUCCUGCCAAUGAUGAAUUUGUCCUGGUUCCGGACUCGGACCUUGAAGACCAACCGCAACCAAAGAAGAAAAAGGCAAAAUAUCCUAUUUACAACGAUGCUAAUACGGAGGUAAUCAGCACUAUUUACGAUUCAGUUACCAAACUCUGUGGAAAAACGGAAUAUUUGGAAAGAGAUUUUGGGGCCGUACAACAAUAUGAGGAUGCGAUUGUGGUAUUUUUGAGAACCACAUACUGCAUGUUGCACCACGCAGAACACGAUGUCUCCGUUCCCAAAAUAUUCUUCAUAGUGGAUCGAAAAAAAUUCACGUUCAAAUGUCAGCACUGUGAACGCUCAAAAACCUAUGUUCAUAAAAGCAAAAAGAUCUUGGACUUGUUCCCGCCCAUUACUGAACCCGCAAAAACGAGUGAAGAAAAGGAUAUUGUUGUAACUUGUGAAGAUUUGGAAGGUCUAACAGGUUGGGAGAAGUUUGAUUUCCGCCGAAUUUUGAAUAUUAGCCACAAGAAUACCGCUGAAUGGUUCAUUGAAGAGCGAGGCAAAGAUAAUAUCUGGCGAAAGUAUGAGGGCGGGGUCCGAAAUAGCGACUUGAAUCUUCAGAUUGCAGACACGUUGAUUAGCAGUUUUGAGAAACUACUAGAUGAUUUUGAAUCACAAAAAAGUGAGCACGCACAGAACGUGGAACGGCUCUGUAUCGCAAACGACACCUGCAUCGAACUUUUUCUCUCAAAGCCUCACCUAUUUGCUUUUAACGAUAAAGUGUACGACCUGAUUGAAGGAGAGGCAAGACCCAUCAAAUGGGAUGAUUACAUACUAUUCACAUGUGGUUACAACUAUCCGACGACACGAAGCCCUGAGAUGCGUGAGAAGAUUGAAAACUUUUACCAAUCUAUAUUCCGAACUGAAGAAUUGAUGACUUACCGACUUUGCAAUGUUGCGAGGUGUCUCUACGGAGAACUAGUUGAGGAAAUCUUCACAAUCCUCAAGGGGCCGGGUCGGAACGGAAAGGGUGUGGAAGGUACUCUCCUUGCUGUUACGUUUGGAAAUUACUUCUAUACCUUGGACAAGAAAAACUUUACCCGAGAGCAGCAAGAUGUUGACAAAGCAAACUCGCAACUAUACAAUUGCUUCGGAAAGAGGUAUCUGAUGACAAGCGAAACAAAUAAGAAUGAUCGAUUUUUAUCUGAAAUGUUCAAGAAAGUGUCAGGGAAUGAUAAGAUAACAGUGAGAACACUUAACGGUAAACCCAUCAGUUUUCCAAUCACUGGGCAAACCAAUGUUCAGACAAAUGAAGACCCGGUCUUUGAUAAAAUAGACCUCGCAUUGUGCAAUCGGGUGCGAAUGCAAGAGUUUCCAUACAGUUUCACUCUCAAUGGCUCUGAACCAAUCGAGGAAGAGGGAGAUGGAAUUCAGGAGGAACAACUUCAAAAAGAAGGUGAUAUGAAAUUGAAAGGAUACUUCAAAACGAAUGCAUGUCGGGACGAGUUCAUCUUGCUUCUCAUUGGCAUAUUCCGCAAACGUUUUGUGAAGGAAGAUAAAACCCUCAAUAUGAGCAUUGAAGUCCCUGCAGAGGUACGAGCCUUCACCCAAAAGAACCUAGCGAACAGUUUGGCAGCAGCGAAAUGGUUGAAGUUCCACUACGAUAUCACAGGAAGUGAUGAGGACCGAGUGACGAGAUCUGAUUUAUACAAGGAGUAUUCCGUUACGGUUCUCGAUCAAUCGAGGCGCGUCGGAAAGCAGCAAUUCUUCAAAGAACUAACAACCAUUCAAAUCAAGGAACGAAAAAUAAGAGGGAACAUAUGGUUCCUCGGACUGAAAAAGGCGACCAGAGAAGGAGAGACGUAUAUAGAAUAA